GAUGCGCUCGAGCAGCCGCUGUUUCCCGGGCUUGGAUGCGAGGCCGGCAGAGCAACUGCAAGGAGCAGCUCUUCACCUUUACUCAUUCACUGAAAUGUACUAUGGAAUAUGUUGGAGAACAUGAAAUAUGCCUUGUGUCAGACCAGAUGUACUGUGUGGAAAGGCGAGUAUAUAACCAAGGAGUCCUCCAAGGCCAGCUGCACAAGAAGGAAAAGACUUCCCAGUCUCUUGGUCAGAAGAUAGCACAUUCUUGUCGCUGUUCUUCCAAGAAAGCCAAAUCUGUUCUCACUAGUUUUUUACCAAUCUUUAAAUGGCUCCCAAAAUAUCCGGUGAAAGAGUAUUUGCUGGGAGACAUUGUCUCAGGUAUAAGUACUGGGGUGAUGCAGCUUCCUCAAGGGUUGGCUUAUGCAUUGCUGGCUGCUUUGCCUCCUGUUUUUGGUCUGUAUUCUUCAUUUUAUCCAGUAUUUCUGUAUACCUUUUUUGGAACCUCCAGGCAUAUAUCCAUAGGAACCUUUGCUGUCAUCAGUUUGAUGAUUGGCGGAGUUGCUGUUAGAGAAGCACCUGAUGAAAUGUUCGACAUUACUGACACCAACUCAACCAAUACCACAACUCUUGAAAACUUCAGAGCAAGAGAUGACAUGAGGGUGAAGGUUGCUGUUGCAGUAACGUUGCUUUCAGGCAUCAUACAGUUGUGUUUAGGUCUCCUUCGUUUUGGAUUUGUAGCUAUUUACCUCACAGAGCCCCUGGUACGGGGAUUCACCACUGCUGCAGCUGUGCAUGUCUUUACCUCCCAGUUGAAGUAUCUUCUUGGAAUCAAGACAAAAAGAUUCAGUGGACCCCUUUCAAGCCUUUAUGGUUUGAUUGCUGUGUUUUCAAACAUCACCACAACCAACGUUGCAGCUUUAAUUGUGGGACUGAUUUGCAUGGUUUUGUUGCUGAGCGGGAAGGAAAUCAAUGACCGCUUUAAAAAGAAGCUGCCCGUCCCUAUCCCAAUGGAGAUCAUAGUGGUUGUAAUUGGUACUGGUGUUUCAUUUGGAAUGGAUCUGUCGAAGACCUAUGGAGUGGAUGUAGUUGGAAAUAUCCCCAAAGGGUUACGUCCUCCAGAAGUACCCGAUAUCCACCUUAUACCAUCAGUUUUUGUAGAUGCAAUAGCAAUAGCUAUAGUUGGUUUUUCCAUGACCAUCUCAAUGGCCAAGAUAUUUGCUCUUAAACAUGGUUAUACUGUUGAUGGAAAUCAGGAACUGAUUGCAUUAGGCAUAUGUAAUUCUGUAGGAUCCUUUUUCCAGACUUUUGCUAUCACUUGCUCGAUGUCUCGGAGUCUUGUCCAGGAGAGCACUGGAGGGAAAACUCAGAUUGCUGGCACCUUGUCCUCAGUCAUGGUCCUUUUGGUCAUUGUAGCCAUUGGUUACCUCUUUGAACCAUUACCGCAGGCCGUGCUUGCAGCCAUUGUAAUGGUCAAUCUGAAAGGCAUGUUCAAACAGUUUGGAGAUAUUGUUCACUUCUGGAGAACCAGCAAGAUUGAACUAGCUAUCUGGAUUGUAGCAUUCUUGGGCUCAGUUUUCCUGGGGCUGGACUAUGGUCUGCUCACGGCUGUAGGUUUUGCACUGAUUACCAUCGUAUACAGAACACAAAGUCCACAGUACAGAAUCCUUGGCCAGAUUCAUGAUACGGACAUUUACUGUGAUGUGGAAGAGUAUGAAGAGGUGAAAGAAUGCCCAGGAAUCAAAAUAUUUCAGGCAAACUCCUCACUGUAUUUUGCCAACAGUGACCUGUAUGUCAGUGCACUGAAGAAAAAGACUGGUGUCGAUGCCUGUGCAAUAUUGGCCGCAAGGAAGAAAGCCCAGAAAAGACAUGUCAAGGAACUAAAGCAACUGCAUAAACGUGAGAAGAAAGCAGUCUUGAAACUGACUAGUGAUGAUGUAGAAAAUGGCAUGAAACAAGAAAUGCCGAAGGAUGAACUGUCAGUCAAUGGAAAAGUCUCAGCCACAGAAGCCACAACACAGAACUCUUCUCCUGAUGAACUUGAACAUUUUAUGAAGCCGGGGAUCAACAUACAGUCCAUCAUUUUGGAUUUUUCACCAGUGAACUUUGUAGAUUCAGUUGGAGUAAAAACCUUAAAAUCAAUCAUAAAAGAAUACGAAGACAUUGGCAUUUCAGUGUAUAUAACUGGCUGCAAUGGGUCUGUUAUGGACAAUCUUGUUAGACUGCAGUUCUUUGACAAGCCUACCCAAAGAGACUUGCUGUUUCCCAGUAUUCAUGAUGCUGUACUUACCAGCCAACUGAAAGUCCGUUCUGCCUCACAGAUGCCAUUAGGUGCUGACUCUUUUAUGCCUGAAUUACAGGAGCAGAACUGAUUUCAUGGAAGUACAUGGAUGGGUACCUCUCCACAUGUGCAUACUUUGCACAGAUGAUACAGAGCUUCAGACUGUCUACUCAGGGCACGUGACAUGGCAGUGGGGCAGAUAGUUUUCUGCUGUGAAACUGCCCAAGGAAUUCAAAGCCUUAAUAUUCCCUCAAAAUAAUUGGAACCACCUAGGAUUUUUCCUGCAGAAAUUUUUCAGGUUUCUCUUUUUGUUCAGAUACAUACCAGCAGAUAAUAUUGCACUAUGUUGGGGAGGAGGAAAUGGAAAAAGGGAUUAAUUCCUGUUCUUUCCCCUGGAGAUGCCUGUCUGCCAUUGUUACCAAAAGGCAUUAUCAUACCAAACAUCUGUGACUUGCAUUGUCUAAACAUUUUAAAGAAUUUCCCAACCAGAUGCCAUUUCAUUCAUUGUUGUUGUUUUUUAAAGAGCACCUUCCUGCAGCUGAAAAAGUCUUAAUGUUCAAUGUUACUUUGUACCAUUUGCAUACUGCCCUUCUUCAACUGAAUCAAGUUUUUCCUCAGUGACCUACGCUUAUUAGUAGAUGACAAUGGAUCACUUUCUCAUACAUUAAGGUGCCAUGAUUGCACUGAAGCAGACUUGCAUUGAAGGGAACAUUGACAUUUUAAUGGUUACUGCUCUGGGGAGCCUGUUCGGGUGGAAAGGCAGCACAGAAAUGUUUUAAUUAAAAUAAACACGAGAUAGUGACAGGUGCCAGUCUCGCUGAGAAGCAAUGUACAGUCACCAACAAAGAUACAGAAUGUGCUAAAAUGCAGGCCAGGUAGCUGAUGGCAGGACAUGUGUAUUGUAAAGUCAGUUUUUGUUAGACCUCCUGAAGUGCUACUAGUGCUGUUGCAGUAGUUACCACCCGUGUUAUAAUAUGGCAGCUUGUCCAAAGGCAAACUUCAUUGUAGGAACAAGAGCUUGGCAGGUUGGCCAACUUGAGCCAGGUAUAACAUAAAAGCACUUUUAUGUCUUGGUGACUGCCAUGGGAGACUGAAGCAUGUGUGUAACUUUCUUCCAGUGAAAGCAAGAUGAUGCAAUUUCCCAAUAUUCUUGCAAGAGUUCUUUUCCAGCUAUGUAUUAUCGGACUGCGGUUUUGCCACAUAUUGCAGGAAUACAAAAUGGUGUGACAUUAGGCAGCUUUUCUCACCCUAUGUGAAGGCAGCUAGUGUUACCAAUGGGCUGUUCUAGGGUGGCAUGCUGUUCAGAUAAAAGAGAACUCUCUGUAUUCAGAACCCUCUGUAACAGUUUCACCACUGACAAUUUGAACCGUCCUUAUAAAAUAACUUGUGAUGUAGCUCUGAAGAGCUGCAGCUUCAAAAUAAAAAUGGGAAAGUAGGUCACUCAGUUUAUUUUCAGCUAACACACAUGCUGUGUAGUAUGUUUGUUACGUAAGUGAAACCUCUUGAUACAGAGUUGGAGGCACUAUUUUCUGUUUUAUAGUCAUCUGUAAGAGAAGCGAGUUACUACCAGACAGAUUUCUGGAACUGGCCAGAAUGUGUCAUGAACAAAUAAUAUUAGAUGGUUUGGAUCCUAAGGUGCUACCCCAUUUGGGGAGAGUAUGAGGGAUUUUUGCCAAUUUGUAUCUUCACGCUUACCGUUCCUGAGGAUCCAAACCUAUUUUAUACCACAGAUCAUCUCAUAUUUGUAUGUCUUAGACGACAUAGUAUAUUUUGUCUGGUACCAUUUUGCAAUGCAACAUUUUUAACAAAUGAACUUGUUCCCCCCAAGUAUUGUCAAUGUGUAAAAACCUGACAUAAAAAUGUAGACAUUACAUUUUGACAUUUAUUGCUGCUAAAGCUUGUGUGUGUGUUCUUGAAAUUAAAACUUUUUCCUUACAUGAGCUACUGCAAACAUUAAGGGUUGCAUUUCCUUGAGCUUCUUAUAUGUACACCCUUGUACAUACUGACAGUAUGCAUUUGGAAGUGAUCCUCAAGGAGUCAGAGGGUCUCAGAAGUGCAGAGAAAAUCCCCAAGGCCCCUGGAACUUCAGUGGGAGCUCAGUCUCUCAAAUCACACAAAA